GCUUUGCAGAUUAAUCAAAAUCUGUAAUCUGUGGUCAGAAAGUCAAAAUUUGAAAAAGUAAGGUUAUUAUUAUCAAAAAGUAAAUUUAUUUAAUAUUUUUUAAAUAAAAUAAUGUAAGUAUAUAUUUGUGAUUUAAGUGAAUAAUACUAGAAAAGAAUAUAAUGAUUCUUGGAUAUUGCCGUAUAUUACGUAAGAGUUCUAACCGAUUAAGAAGAAUUUAUAUCUCCGCUUGUUUAAGAUACAGUAGUUCAAAUAACUUUGAAGAAUUGAGUGAUAGUGAAUAUAAUAAACUGACAGACAGUUAUUUUCACAUUAAAGAAGCUCAUCGAUGUCUAAUCAUUCAGCCAUACGUAAAAUGGGGACCGAAGAAGUUAAACAUUACACCCGAAGAACAACUUUCCGAGGCUAUAGCGCUUAUUCAAACUCUACCAUCAUGGACUGUAGAAGACACCUUAACCGUUCCUCUAGACACCUUGGAUAGAAAGGCAUUAUUUAAAAGUGGAUCGAUGGAAAGAAUUAAGCAAGUAGUGAUUCAAAGGCCAGAAAUUAGUGCCAUAUUUAUUAAUUCUAGUUCAUUAAAAAAAGCAACAACGGUGAUACUUCAGGAAAAUUUUAAAAGAGCUAUUAUGGACAGAUAUAAAAUUGUUAUGAAAAUUCUAAAAACUCAUGCAAUAAGUAAACAUGCAAAGCUGCAAGUAUCUUUGGCUGAAUUAGCGUAUUUAAAGAAAAAGAGCGAACAGGACUUGAUUUUUAAAACUUACAGUUCAGAGGCUUUGAAACUAAUGUUUCAGAAUAGGGAACAGAAAAUUAAGUCUGAAAUUGAGAAUUUGAGAAGUCACAGAAAUUUAUUAAGAAACAAAAGGAAAAAGAUUGAUUAUCCAGUAGUUGCCGUUGUUGGAUAUACUAAUGCUGGAAAAACAUCCCUAAUAAAGGCCCUAACAAACGAGGCAAGUCUUCAACCUAAAGAUCAGCUCUUUGCAACUCUAGAUGUAACUGUUCAUAAGGGUAUUUUACCUUCAGGUCUGGAUGUUUUAUAUAUUGAUACAGUUGGAUUUAUAUCUGAUAUACCGACUAACCUCAUAGAAUGCUUUGUGGCUACUCUAGAAGAUGCUCUUCUUGCAGAUGUAAUUUUACAUGUGGAAGAUCUUUCUAGUAUCAGUUUUGACUAUAAAAGACAACACGUUUUAAAUGUUCUUAAAAGUUUGGGAAAAGAUGAAAAUUCUGAUGAUCUUUCAAGUAAAAUAUUUGCUGUUGGUAACAAAUGCGAUUUGUUGAAAUUAGACACUGAAAAAAGAGAAACAGAUGUAAAUGUAUCAGCCCAGAAAGGAAUUGGUUUGAAUGAACUGAUGACCCAAUUAGAAAAGUUUAUAUUAAAAUCGACACAACGACAAAAGAUUACCUUAAAAAUACCAAACGGAGGUGAAGAAAUUAGGUGGCUAUAUAAAAAUGCAACUAUAUUAGAAGAAAUUCCUGAUGAAAAUGAUUACCAAUAUAUUAUGGCAAAGGUAAUAAUAACACAAGUGAAUCUUAAUAAGUUUAAACAUUAUUUUAUAUAAUAUAUUAAUAUUUAUUACAAAA